AUGAAGAAUAUAUUAUCUUUUUCCAGUGCAGGGAAGGUGCCAAACUAUUUGAUACUCAGUGAUCUUUAUCAUCAUCUACAAGGAGAGCUUGAAGGCUGUGAAGUCAGUGCUGGACCAUUCAAAGAACUCUCUAAGUUCCUUAUGGAAUCAAAUGUUUUUCAGAUUUACCAACAUAAAGAUGAUGCUGAUCUUUUUAUAACCGGAAAAGAUGCAUGCUUGUUUGAUCUUAAACGUGUUGAAUCACAUGAAGGCUGCAAACUCAAUGGCGUUGCUUACAAGUUCGAAGCUUUCUGCACUAAGAGCAUUAAGAAGUGUCUUGAUUGUGUACACGGAUGA